GUCAGUCGGUCGGAGCCGCCGCCUCGCCUCGCUCGGGAGCUGCGCGCUCCUCCUUCCCCGCCUCAGCCGCAGCCGCCUCACAACCCACGGAGCCCGCGCGGGCACGAUGGUGGAUUAUCACACCGCCGGCCAACCAACUUACCAGUACGGGGGCAACGGGCCCGGCAUCGGCGACUACAUGGCCCAAGAAGACGACUGGGACCGCGACCUCCUCCUCGACCCCGCCUGGGAGAAGCAGCAGCGCAAGACUUUCACAGCAUGGUGCAAUUCCCACCUGCGGAAAGCCGGCACGCAGAUCGAGAAUAUCGACGAAGAUUUCCGCGACGGCCUCAAACUAAUGCUGCUGCUGGAGGUCAUUUCAGGGGAACGAUUACCAAAACCGGAGAGAGGGAAGAUGAGGGUGCACAAGAUCAACAAUGUAAACAAGGCUCUCGAUUUCAUAGCGAGCAAAGGAGUCAAACUGGUUUCCAUAGGAGCUGAAGAGAUCGUCGACGGCAAUGCCAAGAUGACCCUGGGUAUGAUCUGGACGAUCAUCCUCCGAUUCGCCAUUCAGGACAUCUCAGUGGAAGAGACCUCGGCCAAAGAAGGCCUGCUGCUUUGGUGCCAGCGGAAGACGGCUCCCUACAAGAACGUCAAUGUGCAGAACUUCCACAUCAGCUGGAAAGACGGCCUUGCUUUUAAUGCCUUGAUCCACAGACACAGACCAGAACUGAUCGAAUACGACAAGCUCAGGAAGGACGACCCAGUCACAAAUCUGAACAAUGCCUUUGAGGUUGCAGAAAAAUACCUCGACAUUCCCAAGAUGUUGGAUGCAGAAGACAUUGUGAACACAGCCCGUCCUGACGAAAAGGCCAUUAUGACCUAUGUCUCCAGUUUCUACCAUGCCUUCUCUGGCGCACAGAAGGCCGAGACGGCUGCAAACCGGAUUUGCAAAGUGCUGGCUGUCAACCAGGAAAACGAGCACCUGAUGGAAGACUAUGAGAAGCUGGCUUCAGAUCUGCUGGAGUGGAUUCAGCGCACCAUCCCCUGGCUGGAGAACCGCGUCCCCCAGAAGACCAUUCAAGAGAUGCAGCAGAAGCUGGAGGACUUCCGCGACUACCGGCGGGUCCACAAGCCCCCCAAGGUGCAAGAGAAGUGCCAGCUGGAGAUCAACUUCAACACGCUGCAGACCAAGCUACGGCUCAGCAACCGGCCCGCCUUCAUGCCCUCCGAGGGGAAAAUGGUCUCGGACAUCAACAAUGGCUGGUCCCACUUGGAGCAGGCAGAGAAAGGCUAUGAAGAAUGGCUGCUGAAUGAGAUCCGGCGGCUGGAGAGGCUGGACCACCUGGCGGAGAAGUUCAGGCAGAAGGCGUCCAUCCACGAGUCCUGGACCGAAGGAAAAGAGGCCAUGCUGAGGCAGAAGGACUACGAGACGGCCACCCUGUCAGACAUCAAGGCCCUGAUCCGGAAGCACGAGGCCUUCGAGAGCGACCUGGCGGCCCACCAAGACCGUGUGGAGCAGAUAGCGGCCAUCGCUCAGGAACUCAACGAGCUGGAUUACUACGACUCCCCUAGCGUGAACGCCCGGUGCCAGAAGAUCUGCGACCAGUGGGAUUCCCUGGGGUCCUUGACCCACACCCGGAGGGAGAUGUUGGAGAAAACAGAGAAACAGCUGGAGACCAUAGACCAGCUCCACCUGGAAUACGCCAAGAGGGCAGCGCCCUUCAACAACUGGAUGGAGAGCGCCAUGGAGGACCUGCAAGACAUGUUCAUCGUCCACACCAUUGAGGAGAUUGAGGGUCUGAUCGCCGCCCACGACCAGUUCAAAUCCACUCUGCCCGACGCAGACAAAGAGCGCGAGGCCAUCCUGGGGAUCCAGAGCGAGGCGCAGCGGAUCGCGGACUACAACAGCAUCAAGCUGUCCGGGAACAACCCUUACACUUCGGUCACCCCGCAGAUCAUCAACUCCAAGUGGGAACGGGUCCAGCAAUUAGUGCCAAAGAGGGACCACGCCCUCCAAGACGAGCAGAGCAAGCAGCAGUCCAACGAGCACCUCCGCCGGCAGUUCGCCAGCCAGGCAAACAUCGUCGGGCCCUGGAUCCAGACCAAGAUGGAGGAGAUCGGGCGCAUCUCCAUCGAGAUGAACGGCACCCUGGAGGACCAGCUGAACCACCUCAAGCAGUACGAGCAGAGCAUCGUGGAUUACAAGCCCAACAUUGACCUCCUGGAGCAGCAGCACCAGCUCAUCCAGGAGGCCCUCAUUUUCGACAACAAGCACACCAACUACACCAUGGAGCACAUCCGUGUCGGGUGGGAGCAGCUCCUCACCACCAUUGCGCGGACCAGCAACGAGGUGGAGAACCAGAUCUUGACCCGGGACGCCAAGGGGAUCAGCCAGGAGCAAAUGCAGGAGUUCCGGGCCUCUUUCAACCACUUCGACAAGGACCAUGGCGGCUCUCUGGGACCCGAAGAGUUCAAAGCCUGCCUCAUCAGCUUGGGAUACGAUGUGGAAAAUGACCGACAGAAGCGUACAGGGAGCAUGGAUACCGAUGACUACCGAGCCCUCCUUAUCUCCACGGGAUACAGCCUGGGAGAUGCAGAGUUCAACCGGAUUAUGAGCGUGGUGGAUCCCAACAACAGCGGCGUCGUGACCUUCCAGGCCUUCAUCGACUUCAUGUCGCGGGAGACGACGGACACUGACACGGCAGACCAAGUCAUUGCCUCCUUCAAGGUCCUGGCCGGAGACAAGAACUACAUCACAGCCGAGGAACUGCGCCGAGAGCUGCCCCCGGAUCAGGCCGAGUACUGCAUUGCUCGCAUGGCACCUUACCAAGGGCCUGACACCAUCCCCGGAGCCCUUGACUACAAGUCCUUCUCAACGGCGCUGUAUGGCGAGAGCGACCUGUGAGGCGGAGAGGGCAGCGACGGCGGCAGCAACCGCAAGCGCUGGCGCUUUGAGGGAGGGCUCUCCCCCCACACAAACACACACACACAGUCUCUCUCUCUCUCUCUCUCGCACUCCCUCUUUCCGCAGUGGGGGCCCGGCCUCCUGCUCUUCUUCCUCUUCUCUCUCCGAGAACAGCAAGCUGCCUCCACGCUGGGCGAACCUGGGAGCUGGCCUACGAAACUCUUGUCCUUGCUGCGUUAUUCUACGAACAGUUACCUAUGCAACGGCCUCACCUUUCGCCCUCUCUUCCUAGCAUCGAGCUGGGGGGCGGGGCAAGGCUCGAUUCCCCCUUCCUCCCUUGACCAUCUUUACUUUGCCUUGCUUGGGAAUGGAGAGGAGAGGGAGGCAAGGGGGGUGGCAAAGAGAGAGAGCCCAGAGAAGGCAGGUGGCUGCGGGUCAGAUUUUGGUUUGAGUGACAGACUCCCGCUCAGAUCGCUGUUGCUUUCUACUCUUGGCCGGGUACAUCGUUCUGGAGUUGGGUUCUUUCCUUCCCGGGGCUUGCCGUCUCUCCCUCUCCCCUUUUUUAAUUUAAGCCUCGUUCUAGCAGUGGGGGGCGGGUGUUGCAUCCCCCAGGUUCGGAAGGAAAGCUAGCGCCAGCCUCCUCCUUUGGGCACACGACUGGGACCCCAGAACUUUUAACUGGCUGUCCCGGGCAGUGUUUGGGGAAGGCCUUCCUGGUGUGGAUUCUUUCUCCGCACCAACCUCUAAUGGGCUUGCUCAACCAGGAAGAGGGUCCCUGCACCAAGACCCCCGUCUUUGGGGGCCAGCACAUGCCCUUCUAUGCACCUCCGUUGUUCAACUGCUGGGACGAGUUGGCACCUGAUUCGGCACCUGAGAGAGAUGAGAGGUAGACCGCCUGCCUGCCUCCCUCUUUCCUUUCCACAGGCCAGGGACAUUACGGUGGAGGCGGAGCCUUUCCUGGGACGUCUCUCACUUCCGGCUGUUCACUUCCUGCUUACGGGGGAAGCGGAAAAAGGCACACGGGGCGGGGAGGCCUCUUGCACCCCCCCCCCCCCCGGCCAGCUUCUUUCUACCAGUUCUGGGCCGUGUUCUCCCUCCUUCCUUCCUUUCUACGCUCACCUUUGCGCACGGUUGAGAACACGCAGUUUCUCUCAGCAAUACUGACACACAAAAUCAAGGGCAGAACACCAAACGGGUUCACUUUUACUUACGAGCAGAAUCUUGCGCGCGGAGGGGGCUGGGCUGAGGGGUGUCCUAUUUGGCCAUUCCCCUCCCCUCCGCAUUUCUAGUAUAUUGGGGGAGGCGUGUCCUUGCUGGAAGCGAAAUCUCAGAAGCAAGAUACGUCCCGAAUGGAUUUGUAUUGGUUUUUCUCUCCAAGCAUGUCCUUUUUAUACACAGUGGGUGGGAAGGGGGUGGGAGGGGAAGAUCCUCUAGGAAAUGGAAGAGGAAGGGGGGGGGGGUUGAUCUUAACUAUAAAGGUGCUUUAGAAGGGAAAUCUUAAUGACUUUUUUGGAAGCGAAAGGCGAGCUCCGUGAUCGCAUUUCCCAACUUUUCUCGACAGAGGGAGAGAACACAAUUGGACAGGGGUGGCCAACGGUAGCUCUGCAGAUGUUUUUUUGCCUACAACUCCCAUCAGCCCCAGCCAGCAUGGCCAACGGCUGGGGCUGAUAGGAGUUGUAGGCAGAAAAAUAUCUGGAGAGCUACCGUCGGCCACCCCUUUCAAUAGGAUAUCAAGUUAGCGAACAGGAGCCAAUGAAGCGAGUCCCAGCAUAGUUGGCUCUCUUUUUUGGGGGUGCCUCCAAAGCUGUUCCCUCCACCCCCACCCCCUCUUCCCGGGGCAAGAGAACAGCUUUGCCCAAAGCUUAAGUCUUCCUUCUCUCUUUUUUCCUCCUCUCCACGCUCCGAGCAGACCCUUUUAAAAAAAAAGAAAAAGAAAAAAAGCUCAUUGCUUCACGCGUAUAUAUAUAAAUAUAUAUCUAUUUUUUUGUAAUUUUUUCCUUCAUCACGGUGCAGGGUUUUUUUCCCCGAGGACCAAAAUUUAAACAAAAGGAGAAACCCGCGUGGGGGGGGGGGGGAGAUCUUCUUAAAAAAAUAAAAUAAUGAAUAAAAACUUUUUAAAAAGCAGAGAAAAAUUAAAAAAAAAAAAUCCAAACCACAGCAAACUGUUUCAAUGUAAUAACGUCCAGAUUUAUUAUUAUUAAAUAUAUAUUCAUCUAGCAUCAUAUAUUUGCAGAUGGGGUUAUAUUUCGUGUGUCUUAUUCAUCAUGUCGUUAAAGUUACUGAGGGCCUUUAGCACUGGAGAUCAGUUAACAUUCCCACACAGGUGUUUUUUUGUUUUGUUUUUGUCAUUCCAUGGUUUUUGUUGUCAUUUUCCGUUUGGGUUUUUCUCCUCUCGCCCUCCCCACCCCACCGCACCCCAUCAGAGAAGGUUUAGUUUUAUUUUAUUGCAUUUGCUACUGAGCGUCCUCUCUCUCUCGGGAACGGCGAGGGGUGGGCGUUUCAGCCGAUAGGGAGUCGCUGGCUUCUGUCUGUCUCUGUCGUUCAUCAAGACUUAUUCUGAAACUUCCACACUUUACUGGGGAACCAGCCCCCCCCUCCCUCUUGGGAAAUCAGAUAAUAAAAUGUCAUAUUUUUAAGGA